AUGCUGAACAUACCCCGACAGUGCUACGUGUGCAAGUGCCGGUACCGCAGGCUCCACUCGUUCUACGGCUCCAUGUGCCCCGAGUGCGCGGGCGUCAACUGGCGAAAGAGGACGCAGACGGCGGACCUUCGCGGUCGGGUGGCGCUGGUCACCGGGGCGCGCGUCAAGAUCGGGUACCGCAUCGCGCUCAAGCUGUUGCGAUGCGGGGCGGCGGUGGUUGCGACGACGAGGUUUCCGGUGGACGCUCGGGGACGUUUCGAGAAGGAACCCGACGCGAAGGAUUGGCUCCAUCGGCUGACGGUGGUGGCCAUGGACCUGAGGGACCUGCCGGGACUGGAGCGGCUGUGCGCGCACCUGGCGAGCGCGCUGCCGAGGCUGGACGUCAUCGUGAACAACGCGUGCCAGACCGUUCGAAGGCCCCCGGCGUAUUACAGGCACCUGCUCGAGGCGGAGGCGGAGGGCGCGCGGCGUUACCUGGGGUCGAGUCGCUGGAGAGCCUCGGGGCUCCUCGCCGGCGUGGGCGCCGGGGGCGCCGGGUGGAUGGCGCCGUCCGCGGCUGCGUCCCAGUUGGAGCUCAUAGAGACGGACUCGAUCGCCGGCGCAAAGCAGUUCCCCGCGGGAGUCCUCGACGUCAACGGUCAGCAGGUGGAUCUGCGCGAUAAGCACAGCUGGACCAUGCGGCUCGGGGAGGUGGAGACGCCGGAGUUGCUGGAGGUACUCGCGGUCAACGCGGCGGCGCCGUUCGUGCUCAACGGGAAGCUCCGCGCGCUGAUGGAGCAAACGGCGGCGAUGGGCCCUGGCGAAAACGCAGACGGCGCGCCCGGCCGAGCCUUCGUCAUCAACGUGUCCGCCAUGGAGGGCAAGUUUUACCGGUACAAGACGGCGAAUCACCCGCACACGAACAUGGCGAAAGCCGCCCUGAACAUGAUGACCGCGACGGCGGCGGCUGACUACGCCGCGAGCGGGAUCUACAUGAACGCCGUCGACACGGGUUGGAUCAACGACGAGAAUCCGCUGGGCACUGCGGCGAGGAUCGCGAAGCAGCACUCGUUCCAGACGCCGAUUGACGAGGAGGACGCGGCGGCGAGGUGCGUGGCGCCGGUACUGGAGGGCAUCGAUGAAAUGUUGCGGCUGGGAAAGGACGCGCCGGUGCCUCCGUUUGGCAAGUUCUUCAAAGACUACAGGGAGAGCGAAUGGUGA